UGCUACCGAGCCUUGAGAGGGAAGGCCCGAGAGGUUGACAGUUUCGUUUGAAGCUCAUCGAGCGGCGACUGCAGCUAGGAGUCAUGAGCGACAGCGGCGAGCAGAACUACGGCGAGCAGGAAUCCCGUUCUGCUUCCAGAAGUGGAAGUGCUCAUGGAUCUGGGAAAUCUGCACGGCAUACCCCUGCAAGGUCUCGCUCCAAGGAAGAUUCCAGGCGUUCCAGAUCAAAGUCCAGGUCCAGACCUGAAUCUAGGUCUAGAUCCAGAAGUUUUCGAAGACAUUACACAAGGUCCCGGUCCCGCUCUCGCUCCCAUAGGCGAUCCCGAAGCAGGUCUUACAGUCGAGAUUAUCGCAGACGUCAUAGCCACAGUCAGUCUCCCAUGUCUACUUGCCGGCGUCAUGUUGGAAAUCGGGCAAAUCCUGAUCCCAACUGUUGUCUUGGAGUAUUUGGGUUGAGCUUAUAUACCACAGAGAGAGAUCUAAGAGAAGUAUUCUCUAAAUAUGGGCCCAUUGCCGAUGUGUCUAUCGUAUAUGACCAGCAGUCAAGACGUUCAAGAGGAUUUGCCUUUGUAUAUUUUGAAAAUGUAGAUGAUGCCAAGGAAGCUAAAGAACGUGCCAAUGGAAUGGAGCUUGAUGGCCGUAGGAUUAGAGUUGAUUUCUCCAUAACAAAACGACCACAUACCCCAACACCUGGAAUUUAUAUGGGGAGACCUACUUAUGGCAGCUCACGUCGCAGAGAUUACUAUGACAGAGGAUAUGAUAGGGGCUAUGAUGACCGGGACUACUACAGCAGAUCAUACAGAGGAGGAGGUGGAGGAGGAGGAGGAUGGAGAGCUGCUCAAGACAGGGAUCAGAUUUACAGAAGACGAUCACCUUCUCCCUACUACAGUCGUGGAGGAUACAGAUCCCGUUCCAGAUCUCGAUCAUACUCUCCACGCCGCUAUUAAAGCAUGAAGUUGAAGACCGAGACAUUUCCUAGAGUUUGGGAUGUUGAUUGUGGACAAUAUUUUUUUAUUGUCUCCUGUUUAAAAAGUGAACAGUGCCUAGUGAAGUUAGGUGACUUUUACACCUUUUAUGAUGACUACUUUUGGUGGAGUUGAAAUGCUGUUUUCAUUCUGCAUUUGUGUAGUUUGGUGCUUUGUUCAAAGUUAAGUGUUUUCAGAAAAGUAUGUUUUGCAUGUAUUUUUUUACAGUCUAAAUUUUGACUGCUAAGGAGUUUCUAUUGUACAAAACUUCAUUUAAAAGGUUUUUCUACUGAAUCCAGGGUAUUCUGAAGAUCAAAGCCUGUGUGUAAAAUGCUACCAAAUGGCAAAAAAGUAACAAUAAACAGUUUUGAUUUUUA